AACCAUCUUCUCCCCCAAGUCCAACUCCUCCGCCCACCCAAAUUCCAUAAACCCCACACUCCGCCGCCCUCCCCGCCCGCCAAAUCUCCAAUCUUUCCGCCGCAUCACGCCGUUUGCGCCUCCGAUUUCUAGUCCGGCACACGCAGAGUGCCCCCCAAAGAUCGGUCGGCGAGGCUUAAUCGCCGGGAUUGGACCGUCCACAUGGGGCUCCGAUCCGCGCCGCCGGAUGUGCUGCUGGCGUUGGCGGUGCUCCUCUGCGCCAGCUUCUGCGAGGGUAGGUUCGUGGUGGAGAAGAACAGCCUGAAGGUCACGGCGCCGGACGCGCUCAGGGGCACCUACGAGUGCGCCAUUGGCAACUUCGGCGUGCCGCAGUACGGCGGCACCAUGGUCGGCGUCGUCGCUUACCCCAAGGCCAACCGGAAGGCCUGCAAGAGCUUCGACGACUUCGACAUCUCCUACAAGGCCAAGCCGGGUUCCUUCCCCACCUUCUUGCUCGUUGACAGGGGAGAUUGCUUCUUUACAAAGAAGGCAUGGAAUGCACAGAACGCAGGAGUGGCGGCUAUCCUUGUUGCCGAUGACAAGGAUGAGCCUCUAAUUACAAUGGACACCCCUGAAGAGAGCGGCAGGGCAGAUCACUUAGAGAACAUCACUAUUCCGUCAGCGCUGAUAACAAAAAGCUUCGGGGACAGGCUCAGGAAAGCAGUUAAUAAUGGUGAUAUGGUUAAUGUGAAUUUGGAUUGGAGGGAGUCCCUGCCUCACCCUGAUGAGCGUGUUGAGUACGAAUUUUGGACUAACAGCAACGAUGAGUGUGGUCCGAAAUGUGACAGCCAGAUUGAGUUCGUCAAGAGCUUCAAAGGACCGGCACAAAUACUUGAGAAGAAGGGGUAUACAGAGUUCACUCCUCAUUACAUUACCUGGUAUUGCCCGGAGGCCUUCACACUAAGCAAGCAGUGCAAGUCCCAGUGUAUCAACCACGGGAGGUAUUGUGCACCUGACCCGGAACAGGAUUUCAGCAAAGGGUAUGAUGGGAAAGAUGUGGUGGUUCAGAAUUUGCGCCAAGUUUGUGUUUAUAAAGUUGCCAAGGAGCACAAGAAACCCUGGUUGUGGUGGGAUUAUGUGACUGAUUUUGCAAUUCGGUGCCCAAUGAAGGAAAAGAAGUACACUAAGGAAUGUGCUGAUGGAGUUAUCAAGUCACUUGGCCUUGAUCACAAAGCAAUCGAUAAGUGUAUUGGUGAUCCAGAUGCUGAUGAAGAAAAUCCUGUGCUGAAAGCUGAACAGGAUGCUCAGAUUGGCAAGGGCUCUCGCGGUGACGUCACCAUCCUACCGACACUAGUCAUCAAUAAUAGACAAUACAGAGGGAAACUUGACAAAGGAGCAGUUCUUAAAGCACUCUGUGCGGGCUUUCAAGAAACUACUGAGCCUGCUGUUUGUUUGAGUGAAGAUAUACAAACAAAUGAGUGCUUGGAGAACAAUGGUGGCUGUUGGCAGGAUAAGGCUGCUAACAUAUCAGCAUGCAAGGAUACUUUCCGUGGAAGAGUAUGUGAGUGUCCGGUUGUGAAAGGUGUAAAAUUUGUUGGCGAUGGCUACACUCAUUGUGAAGCUUCGGGAUCUGGGCGCUGUGAGAUUAACAAUGGAGGAUGUUGGAAAGAGACCAGGAAUGGCCGGACAUACUCUGCCUGCACUGAUGGUGGAUGUAAAUGCCCAGAUGGGUUCAAAGGUGACGGUGUCCACAAAUGUGAAGAUGUUGAUGAAUGCAAGGAAAAGACGGCAUGCCAGUGCAAGGAAUGCAAAUGCAAGAACACAUGGGGAAGCUAUGAGUGCGGCUGUGGCGGGGGCAUGCUGUACAUGAAGGAGCAUGAUACGUGCAUAAGCAAAAGUGCAGGACAGGCAGGCUGGAAUUUCCUAUGGGUCACCUUGUUCGCGCUGGCGACAGCAGGACUGGCAGGAUAUGCGGUGUACAAGUACAGGAUCCGGAGCUACAUGGAUUCGGAGAUCCGCGCCAUCAUGGCGCAGUACAUGCCCCUGGACAACCAGGGGGAGAUCCCCAACCAUUCCCACCAUAUUGAGAUGUGAAGAGCAGUUUCUUCCAGCUUUAUGGGGAAGAGGAUGGGGAGAGGGAGUAGAGGAAAACACUUGUCUUGCAUGUGUCAUGAUCCAAUAUUGUGUGUAGCAUACUCAGUCAGACCCUCCUGUAAAUUCACAGACAUCAGCUUGGAAGUUGGGGCCAUUUAGCUUAGCUUAGACUACCGCCAAGCAUUUACCUGGCCACCUGGGCCAUGCCUGCAGACUCAAUAAUUCUGAUGGUCUUUUUAUAUUUCUCUUCGAAUAUCAGGAAAGAUAUGUCAUAUUCAUGUCAUGUGUGCUUCUUUUUGCUGUUAA